AAGUAGUCUGACAUAUACUUUAUCGUCAGUCAUACAUUUGAACAAGAUGAAUUACGUUGUGUUUGUUAUUUUACUGGAGAUAUUUAGUGCUCAUGUACACUCUAAAAUAUAUACAAAUGACCAAACAAUUGAGUUCAAUUUCGAAUUGUCACAAGAAGAUGAAACUGUACGACUAAGUCGUUCAAGAAGAGACGAUGACUAUUCUGACGAGGGAGGCUUUGUGGCAGCCCCUGGAAAACCUGGUGAUGACGAUUUCAUAGCUAAUAUACGGGAUUGUGCGAAUGGGAAUACUCGAGCUCCUUGGGGAAAAUGUAUUUCGUGUAGAGAAUAUCAAAAAAAAUUCAGACGAAUUGGUAUGGGCUGCUGAGAGAUAAAUAUAAGUUAAUCAUUUGUAUUAUGAGCUUCUAUUAAUAUAUACUAAGAUAACCCGCCUUGAUAAACUUAUACACGAGGUUAUUGUGAUAUAAAUAUUAUAUUAUGGUAAAAUAUGUC